AUGGAAGAAUUAAUUAAAUUAAAUUUCCCAAAAUCAGUUGAAGAAUAUAAAAAACAAAGUGAAGAAUUAAUGGAAACUUAUGAUAAAGGAUUGAAAGAAAUUAUUGAAAUUCCAAAGGAGAAGAGAACUUUUGCAAAUACAUUUGAAGCUACAGAUAAAUUGGAUGUAAAAUUUAGAAAUAUUGAAUCAAGUUUAACAUUUUUAGCCAAUGCAAGUACUGAUGAAAAGGUUAGAGAUGUUGCUAAUGAAGUUGAAGCAACCUUAUCAAAAUAUUCUAUUGCAACCUCAAUGAGAGAGGAUCUCUAUCAAGCCUAUGUCGAUUGUUGUAAACAAAACAAUGACUUUAAAGAAAGCGAUCUUAGUAAGGAACAAUUGAGAUAUGUUAGUAAGACAUUGGAAGGUUUCGAAAAGAAUGGUCUUCAAUUACCAAAGGAGAAAAGAGAGAAACUUAAGGAAAUCAUGACUAAAAUCUCUGACAAUUCCAUUAAAUUCUCAAAGAAUAUAGCUGAUGAUAAAACUAAAUUAUCAUUCUCAAUGGAGCAAUUGAAUGGUAUUCCAAAGGAGACAAUAGAGUCAUUUGAAAAGGAUGAGUCUAAACCAGGCAACUAUUUCAUCUCUUUAAAGUAUCCAGAUGUAAUACCAACAAUGAAAUAUUGUACAGUUGCAGAGACUAGAAAAGCCGUUGAAUUCGCCAAUGGUUCAAAAUGCAUCAAAGAGAAUACCCCAAUUCUAGAGGAGACAUGUAAACUUCGUUUUGAAGCUGCUCAACUCUUGGGUUUCAAAGACUGGGCUUCCUAUAAAUCAAAUUAUCUCAUGGUUAAGUCAAAUGAUAACAUUCAAUCCUUUGAAGAGAGAAUGAGAAAGUUAUUAACCCCACAUGCUGUCACAGAGUAUGACAGAUUGAAACAACUCAAAAAGAAGAUUUACCUCGAAAAAGGUGGCAACCCAGAAACCUAUGACGAUCAUUACUACUCCUAUGAUAAUGCUUUCUACAAUAAUGUUAUGUUGGUCCAAGAUUAUCAAGUUGAUAAUAAUUUAGUCAAAGAGUAUUUCCCAUUCGAAGUUGUCAUUAAGGGUAUUUUCAAUUGUUAUCAAGAACUCUUGAAUGUUAAAUUCACAGAGGUACCAGCCUACCAACCAUGGCAUGAAGAAGUUAAAAUGUAUUCAUGUGUUGAUACAGCAGAUUCUAAUAAAUUGUUAGGUCAUUUCUAUAUUGAUUUAUUCCCACGUGAGGGUAAAUAUUCUCAUGCUGCAGUAUGGCCAUUAAUUCCUGGUUAUGAAAGAGCCGAUGGUGAAAAGCAAUAUCCAGUAGCUGCAAUGCUUUGUAAUUUCACUAAACCAACUCCAACCACUCCAUCAUUAUUAACCCAUGAUGAGGUUGUCACUUUUUUCCAUGAAUUUGGUCAUGUUAUGCAUAAUAUGUCUACCAAAGUUCAUUAUUCAAUGUUUAGUGGUACAAGUGUAGAAAGAGAUUUUGUUGAAUGUCCAAGUCAAUUAUUUGAAUUUUGGUGUUGGAAUAAAGAUGUACUCGUCAAUAAAUUAUCUGGUCACUAUAAAGAUCAUUCAAAGAAAUUACCAACUGAUUUAGUUGAAAGAAUGAUUGCUGCAAAGAAUUUAAAUGUUGCCAUCUUUUAUCUUCGUCAAAUUCAAUUAGCUCUCUUUGAUAAUGCUAUUCAUAGUGGUAAUCCUGCAAACUUUACCAAUACUGCUGAUCUUUAUCAUCGUAUUGCAACUGAUGUAGCUCUUAAUCCAAAUCAAAAAGGUACUAAUCCAGGUUGUUCAUUUGGUCAUUUAUUAGGUGGUUAUGAUGCUCAAUAUUAUUCAUAUCUUUAUUCUGAAUGUUUCAGUGCUAGUAUCUUUGAAAUUUUCGAUAAACAUGGUGUUAUGAAUAAGGAAUUAGGUGCUAGACUUCGUAAUCAAGUUUUGGCUGUUGGUGGUUCACAACCAAGUAGUGAAACUAUUGAAAACUUUUUAGGUAGCAAACCAAAUGAAGCUGCUUUCUUAAAAACUAUUGGUCUUUAA